CACUUGUGCGUCACUGAGUGCGCACGGCGCCCUGCCUGUUGCUGCUGGAGGAGAAGCUGCGCAUUCACACUCACAUUCAACAGGCAGUGCAUGACACUUCACAGCAUCAUCCCCAGUUUCAGCGCGUUUUAUUAGUUUCACACUCAAAGCUGCGGCGCGGUUCCAGAGAAGAUGCCCUUUUUUUUUAUUCCUUUCUUAGCGGUGAUUAACUUACGCGCCAUGGAGCUUGCAUCCCCUCCCAACUCCCCGGCUUCCGUGGAUAAAUCAGACUAGACUAGAAAGCUCCACUAUAUUGGCGGAAAAUCAGAGGAAGGAUGGCAUCUCCACAGAACGGAUCCAACAUAACAGCGAACUACACUAACCAGUUCGUGCAGCCGCCGUGGCGCAUCGCUCUGUGGUCGGUUGCGUACAGCUCCGUGCUGGCGGUGGCGGUGUUUGGAAACCUCAUCGUGAUAUGGAUCAUUCUUGCCCACAAGCGCAUGAGGACGGUGACCAACUACUUUCUGCUAAACUUGGCGUUUUCGGACGCGUCGAUGGCCGCGUUCAACACUUUGAUAAACUUUAUCUACGCUGCGCACGGGGACUGGUACUUCGGGGAGGCAUACUGCAAAUUCCACAACUUCUUCCCGGUCGCAUCUGUGUUUGCGAGCAUCUACUCCAUGACUGCCAUAGCUGUGGACAGGUACAUGGCCAUCAUCCACCCUCUGAAGCCUCGUUUGUCGGCGAAGGUCACCACGGGCGUCAUCAUAUGUAUCUGGAGUCUGGCUGUGGUUCUGGCCUUCCCUCUCUGCUACUACUCCACCAUCAGAGCUCAUCCCAGCAGGACCAUCUGCUAUGUGGCCUGGCCUCGCAAGGCACAAGACAUGUUCAUGUAUCAUAUCAUAGUUACCGUUCUGAUCUACCUGCUGCCCUUGGUGGUGAUGGGCAUCACUUACACCAUCGUGGGGGUGACGCUGUGGGGAGGUGAGAUCCCUGGAGACUCAUCUGAUAACUAUCACGGACAGCUCCGGGCUAAAAGGAAGGUGGUGAAGAUGAUGAUCAUUGUGGUGGUGACCUUUGCCCUCUGCUGGCUGCCGUAUCACGUCUACUUCAUCGUGACGGGUCUCAACGUGCGUCUGAGCAAGUGGAAGUACAUCCAGCAGGUGUACCUGUCAAUGAUGUGGCUGGCGAUGAGCUCCACCAUGUACAACCCCAUCAUCUACUGCUGCCUCAACAGCAGGUUUCGAGCUGGUUUCAAACGAGCAUUUCGUUGGUGCCCGUUCAUCAAGGUGUCCAUCAACGACGAGCAGGAGCUACGCUCCAUGCGGCAUCACCAAACACACCAGAGCAGCAUGUGCACGCUGUCACGCAUGGAUACCACCGUGGUGGUGGUCUACGACCCCACUGAAGGCGAUGGCGUUGCUGGAGGUGGCCCUGGUAGGAAGCACUCUCUGCCCACAAGGAAGAGAAGCUACAUCACGUCUCGCCACACAGAGAUCACUGGCUGCGAUGGUAACGGUGUGAAAAUGCAAAAUGGAAGCGCUCCAAAUGCUCAGCCUGAGGAUUUCUCUUGAAGAGUUCCAGACAUGCAUGCAGCAGAAUGUUUGCAUGUUUAAAGGUGUAUACACAUGCAUAAUACACUGUACAUACAACAGUGCACAUGGUGUUCGCUUAGCUUAGACAUAAAGGCACUGUAUAAAGGCAGACGGGGUUACUUCAGCAUGUAGAGAAGUUUAAACUCGCGUCCCAUCAAUGUCUCUCUACGUUAAUGAAAUGCUGUGAGAAGCUGUUCUUACUUCAGUCAAACAUUCAGCUGUGAUUGAGUUUAGCAUUUAAACACAGCCAGUGUGUUUGUCAUGGUCUAACUAAAUUUCUAUUAUGGAACUAUGGCCUAGUUUGCAUUUCCAUCUGUUCAAACUGUGAACUUUACGUGCCACAGAGGAUGUGCUGUGUAUCGUUCAUUUCCCCCUGCAGCCACUAGCGACUGCAGCAUCACCAAUGGAAUAGCUGCUGAUUGAACUCUGUUUGGGUCCAUAUGUGGCUCUGAGUUUGACUUUGGGUUAUGUAACUGUUGCAAGAAACAUUUCCUGGUGACUGGCUGAAAGCCAAGCCAGAGGUGAAAUCCAGUAUACAUUCUCAGCCUGUCAAUAAACAGGCUGGGAAUGAGCUCACUGCAGGCAAACUGGCCAGCUAGGAGCUAGUGUGUUAGUGUCACUUGCAUUUUUAUGUUUUCAACUAAGCGGAGGAAAAAAAAAUAAAGAAAGUUUAACAGUGAAAGGCCAUCAGUUGCUUUAAUUGCCUUUCUAUGAUGUGUAAUCAGAGAACACAUCGGUUUUGGCAGCUGUUGGGGUUUCAAGAAUGUUUUUCCUGUGUUGCAUCCCUGCUUGUGUGCACCUUAAGUGUUAAGUUUACACCAAGCAGCACACUAGACAAUGCCAGAUUGAUUAUUGGAACCAUACUGACUCAGUACACAGCAGACACAGACAAAAACACGAGUAUGGCUUAGAAAAACUUUACUGUAUGUAUUGAUAGGUGUUGCUGCAAUAGUUUUGUCUGUUUUAAAUGAAAUUUUAAAAUUAUAUAUGUUUUGAGCACCUGUAUAGUCACCGUAAAGGCUAUUCUGUUUCAACAUUUCUAGAUUGUUCCAGAUGUAUAGUUCCAGAUCUAUACUCCUUGGUAAUUGACAUAUUGCAGUUUCUCACAUAAUAAAGAAAAUACAUUCUUG